AUGGACGUCUUUCAACAGCCUGUCUACCAAGAGACUACGAUACAAGCCCUGGCGGUCGACCAGCAGGCAAGCAGCGUCUUGAACUUACGCCAACCAACCCGCGCGACAGCCUUUGCGACAGCCUUUGCGACAGCCUUUGCGACAGCCAUUGGCCCAGGUGAUAUAAAUAGACAGCCGAGUGCAGUUGUGUCUGGGCGCGCGUGCUGUCGGCAGCAGACCUAUUCGCCGGGCGAGCUUGUUGCAGACAGCCACGAAGGACCCUUGCACUACGGCCCGAUUCACGGCUACGCAUGGGCAUCUGCGUGCUCUGCUCUGCACCAGACUGCAACCUGCAACCUGCAACCUGCUGCGUGUUCAGUGUUCAGUGUUCAGUGUUCCGGGGCAGUCGCCGCGGCCAAAAUCGCUUGCCGCCCAGAGGCUACCAGCUCUUGGGGCCACGCCCUACGCCCACGCCCUACUAGGGCCCACACCCUUCGCCCACACCCCACGCUCCACGCCCUGCGCCUGUUCCAGACGAGCCCGUUGGCCACUUAA